CCGAGCUGCCCCGGCCCCGCUCCAACGCUGCCGGGGCUUCUCCCCUCCCCCGGACGAUUCCCGAGCGUUUCGGGGAUGCUCGGCCAGGAAAACCCCCCCAAAAUUCCCAUUUGCAACGGCAGAGGUACCGAAGGCGCGUCCCGGAGGAGCCCGCAGCGAGGUUUUGUUAGUCCGGGCUUAGCAAUCGGACGUUUCUGGCUAAGCCGAGCUCUGCGCUGCUGCUGGGGGGGUUUCGCCCCUCGGUCCCGGCUUUACCGGGGACCCCCCCGCGCACCGGCAGCGAAUCCGCGCCCGGGCCGCGCCGGGAACCCGCGAGGAGCGACAAAAGCUCGGUCUAAAGUCGCUCGGGUCGAGCUUAGCGCGACGCCUCUGCCGGCUCGACAGCCCCGCGCGGGCUCGCUCGGCUCGCAGCAAGGAAAGUUGAGCUCGGAACUUACCAAACUUAAUCUGUGCCACUGUUUGGGUACUUCUUAAGUGAUUUUGAGAGGGAUGUGGAGUGGACUGUCAGAUCCCAAACCAUUUGCUCGCCUUCCCCUUGGUAAUUUUUUUUCUUUCUUUUUUUUUUUUUUUUUUCUAUUUUUCCCCUUUUUUUUUUUUUUUUUUUUUUUUCUUUUUUUUUUUACCCACAGCAAACUCUCCCAAAAAGUGGCUGUGACAUUUAGAUGUCAAAUGGAUAGGGGGUUUUAUCUCGAAGUUAGAUCGUAAAAAUCGCCCAGAGCUCAGCCAGAUACCCCUCACUGGCUCUCAAAAGUCACGUGAGGUCCAUAAAGUUAGUUUUAUGGUUUUGGGGAGUUGACAAUGUACAAUAUAUUUCACAUUCUCCAGAAUGUUAAGUGACACUUUAACUGCUCGCUUUGCCUCGUCGGGGGCAGCGAUGGGUGAGCACUUUUCCAGAUGAGAGAUAAACGCUGCAGUCGCAGGGUGAGCAAUGUUUUGCGGGUCCCGGUCUCAGGGCAGAGGGCCCAUGGACUGCAGUGCUCGAAAAAUUAAUGGCCAUGAGCUCGUUUUUGAUCAACUCCAACUACGUGGACCCCAAGUUCCCACCCUGCGAAGAAUAUUCCCACAGCGAUUACCUUCCCAAUCACUCGCCGGAAUACUACGGCAGCCAGAGGCAGCGGGAGAGCGCUUUCCACCAUGAAGCGAUGUACGAGCCGCGGGCCGCCUGCAAGGAGCAGCUCUACCCGUCCUGCCAGAGCUCCGCGCAGCCCCGGCCUCGCGUCCGAGGAGCGGCGGAGCCGCGGCCGGGCACCCCCAGCCCGCCCCCCGCCUGCAGCCGCGGCCCGGCCGCGCGGAGCCCCGCGGGCGCGGAGCCCGUGGUUUACCCCUGGAUGAAAAAAGUCCACGUAAGCACGGUGAACCCCAACUUCUGCGGCGGCGAGGCCAAGCGCUCGCGCACGGCGUACACGCGGCAGCAGGUGCUGGAGCUGGAGAAGGAGUUCCACUACAACCGCUACCUGACGCGCCGGCGCCGCGUGGAGAUCGCGCACGCCCUGAGCCUGAGCGAGCGCCAGAUCAAGAUCUGGUUCCAGAACCGCCGGAUGAAGUGGAAGAAGGAUCACAAGCUGCCCAACACCAAGGUCAGGGCCGGCUCCUCCGCCGGAUCCCUGCAGGCCGCGCAAGGAGGGCCCCAAGCGCAGAUCCCGCAAGGAGGAGGAGCCCAGAGCCAGAUCCCGCAAGGAGGAGCCCAAAGCCGGGUCCUACACGGGGGAUCCCAGGGCCAGAUCCUACAGGGAGGAGCCCAAACUCAAAUCCCGCAAGGAGGAGGAGCCCCAGGUCACAUCCCGCAAGGAGGAGGAGCCCAAGGUCACAUCCCACAAGGAGGAUCCCAAAGGCAGAUCCCACAAGAAGGAGGAUCCCAAACUCAAAUCCCAGGAGGAGAAGGAUCCCAAACCCAGAUCUCACAAGGAGGAUCCCAAACCCAGAUCCCUCAAGGAAGAUCCCAACCACAGAUCCCUCAAGGAGGAGGAUCCCAAACCCAGAUCCCACAAGGAGAAGGAUCCCAAACCCAGAUCCCACAAGGAGGAGGAUCCCAAACCCAGAUCCCACAAGGAGGAGGAUCCCAAAGGCAGAUCCCACAAGGAGGAGGAUCCCAAACUCGAUCCCACGGACCGGCCUUGGCCCUAUAACCGCGCCCAUGGAUGCGUGUGCGUGUCUGGGGUGUGAGCUCGUGCAGGGAGGGAAAGGCGAUCAUUUUCAUCUCUCGCGUUCUUUACCCUGAUCUGAACGGCGGGGACGCACGGGCUGCUCGUUAUUUAUGGCCACGAAUUUGAAUUUCACACUUUUUCACCCUGUUUUGACCGCGGGGACGGGGGAGUGCUGCUUAUUUCAGUCAGGAAUUCGGAUUUCGAUCCUUUUUACCCCGAUUUCAGCCAGGGGGACGGGGUGCUGAUCAUUCCCACCAACAAUUCAGAUUUUGAUUCUUUUUACACCGAUUUUAACCGCGGGGAUGGGCGUGUCCUGGUUAUUCCCACCAACAAUUUGAAUUUCGAUCAUUUUUACCCCGAUUUCAGCCCGGGGGACACGGGGUGCUGAUCAUUCCCACCAACAAUUUGAAUUUUGAUUAUUUUUACACCGAUUUUAACCAGAUCCCCACCAACAAUUUGAAUUUUGAUUCUUUUUACCCCGGUUUCAACCAGCGCGAGGCUCAGCUGGGCACAAAGCCGGGGCUGCUGGGGGCAGAGGAGGCCGGAGCGGGAUUUUUUUGGCGAUUUGGCUGAGAUGGAUCCUUGUUUCAUCUUUAAUCACGCCGAGCUCGGCCCCAUUUGUCAUGUUUACUCUCCCGUACAAAGGAUGGACCUUAUGUCUGCUAUUACCCCGACAGCAGCGCCCGCUUUAAUAAAUGAGCCUCAGCUCCUUCCCCACCAACUGCAUUUGCUGCACCACCCUCUUUUUGCUUUUUUUUCUCCUUUUUUUCUCCUUUUUUUCUCCUUUUUUUUCUCCUUUUUUUC